CCACGUGCUUGGAUGGUUACCACACCCCUCCGGUUCCCAUGCAUUCGUUUGAACCCUGCCGGAAGUCGGAAUUACUAUCAUCAACUUCACCACCUCGAAGAUGCAGGCACAAGCUUCGCGUCCCAUUCGCUCCCGCAGAGCGAGACGUGCUUGCGAUGCCUGUCACCGAACCAACAGCAAGUGUACAGCUAUUCACGGCUCAGAGACCUGUCGCACCUGUGCAGACUUUGGAGAGCCAUGUACAUACAAUCGUCUCGCAAAGAGGCGAGGUCCCAAGAUCGAUCCUAUGACGGGCAAACGCCCCAGCUCGAACCAAGACGUCGACUGGAAAUACGCACCGAUAGCCGACCAUUCACUCGUUGAGAACUUGGCAGAUGAGUACCUGCGUAUCGUCUAUCCAAUAUUUCCCCUGUUCCACUGGCCUUCCUUCAUCUCCAAGGUCCACAGACGACUGUACGAGAACGAUCGGGCAUUCUUUGCUACAGUCAUGGCAAUGUGUGCGGUGGUCGCAGGUCGCAUAGAAAACCGCUCAUCUCAAUCCGUACUAUCCUUGCUCACCCCCACAACCUCAUCAGAGGCGUUCAAAGCGGCGGCGAUAUCGGCCAUUCCAGUUGACUUGACUCUGGCGAGGGACUUUGACUACAAGCGGACCAAAAGCUUGCUGGCGAUUCUCUGCGUACAGCUGGCCGAUAUAAAACACCUGCAUAUCCAUUUAGGCGACUAUAUGACCUUGUCCCUUGCCUCAGGCUUUUACGAUGAGCAAAGAUGGCCCAAUCUGCCCCCGCCCGAACGAGAGGAAUGGCGGCGCUUGUUCUGGUCUACAUAUACCCUCGAAAUCUUUACGGCAAUCUCGUGGGAUGGGAUCGUUCGCCAUCGCCAGUCGCAGACAAAUGUGAGGUACCCGGUAGAGGUGGUGAACGAUGAUGCAAUCUCGCCAUCAGGAUGUCUACCCGCGAGCGGUGUCAGUACCUUUAUCCGAGGAUGGAACAUUACGACAGAUUUAUAUCGAAUCCUCGAACACUUGGUAGAUCGAAUGCGAUGCACUCAACUCAGACCUUCGCCCUCGGGUGUGGCUCGUACUGACACUGUUAUUGCCCUGUUCACAGCCCCUGGACCUUCAGUCAAGGAAAUCCGUCAGCUGGUAGAUGCGACGUGUGGACAAUUAGGGCCCGAAUUCCAACAGGCACACGCCAUGACCGGGGAUCUGGAUAUGGACCGAUAUGGAUUCCAAGUCGCCAACCUCACCCUCACUGCUCAAACAGCGUAUAUGAUCUUAGCCACGGCCGACGGCUCCAGCAUCGAGGAGCAAUGUGCAGUCAUACAAGAGCUAUUGGGAGCACUAUCUCUCAUACCCACUGCGUACAUUGCGUCUAUCAGCACGCCCAUGCUACAUCAUGUAGCGUCCAUUGGACACCUCCUUGGCAAUGUCAUCCAGUCGCCACUUACCCCUUGGGCGUUUUCUCAGGUCCGAGAUGCGUUGUUGGGGUUGGCAAAUCUCAUCACUGGCCUGGAGGCGGCUAUUGGCGUGGCUUUGGGCAUCUCGUCCAAACUUAGAGCCCUAGUUCACAAGAUCGACGAACGAAUGGGCAUGAUGGCACAUAACGGCGUUCAUCGGUCUCACUCAUGGAAUGCAUCAACGCAAGAAAGAUCACACGAGUCAGGGCAAGAUAAUAGCAGCUCUGACCCUACGCUUCUCUUUGCUACGCCUGAGCAGCAAGACCAGCUACGUAUGGAGCUUAGGGAGGAUUGGCCAUUCAACCUGGAGCAUAUUACGCAGAAUGAAGACUUAUCCAUAUUUGGCACACGGCAGCCACUGUUUGACUGGGCUUCAUGAACUAUGCAUCAUGCAA